AUGGACGAUGCUGGGAAAAAGAUGGUGGCUGUAGGUGGUAUGCAGAACAUGGCAUGGGCCUCGGACACGUCCAAGUUUGGCUUUAAAAUGUUAGUCAAGAUGGGCUGGUCGGCUGGAAAAGGCGUGGGUAAAGACCUGCAGGGUCAAGCUACACACGUAAAGAUUGCGCGGCGGUCACAGAAUUUGGGCUUGGGCUGCAGUCUCAAGCAAGCGGAGAUGCAGGGCUGGUCGGAGACGGCCGGAGGAUUCGCAGAUGUGCUCAAGACACUCAACGAAUCGUAUGGUAGUAAGGCCAAUUCAGACGGUGAUAGUGCCAGCGAGAGCUCCAGUAGCAAGAAUAGAAAGACCAAGAAGGAUAAGAAGAGCAAGAAGAGCAAGAAGAAGAGCAAAAAAGUCGAGAAGCCUACAGUCUCGCGACGGCUGCAUUACCGCAAACGACAGAUAAACAAGGACGCCAAGAAUUAUGGAGCUGUUGAGAUGGCAGCCAUUUUAGGCGUUGCAUCAUUAUCCUACAAACAGAGUGGGUAA